AUGACCGUGCAUGUUAACGACAAUCCACAGGUUAUUGCCAAAGGCAGUUGCACGACUUGCAUCUUCUCAGGUGCCGCCGCUUCUGCCCUAGACGCCACAGAAGCUGGCAUUUGGGAAGAAGUCUUAGCGGCCCAUAUAGAUCUCGUGCAGGCAGCUAGAACACCUUCAGGGUUCACUAGCAGCAAGUACGGUCGUCUGCCAUACGCUUUUCCUGCAGCGCUGCGAUUCCAAGGAGAGGAUAGCCGUGAUGGUGGUAUUGCUGUGACCGAAAUGAUCCGCCAGCUACGUCAGGAGCUAGGAAAGGCAGUUCCUUGUGUCCCAUGCCGUGACGCUGGUAUGACUAAAGAAUGCUGCCCCACUACCCGUUUCGGAACCUGCGACCACUGCGACCACUUCGACCACUUCGAUAUCUCCGCCUGGACCUACCGCCCUAGCCAGGCCAAUGAUAACGAGGAAGAGGAUGAGACUAAGAAUGAGACAUAG